AUGCUGCAGAACGGCCUCGGUAUUUUCCUGGGCAUCCCAUUCGCGCAGCCCCCCGUUGGCGACCUGCGGUUCAAGCGCCCUGUGCCCGCGACCUAUGGCGAGCAUAUCUCCGCGAUUGAGCGCCCUCCGGCGUGCCUCCAGCCGCUCGGGACCGUCGCAGCCAAUGUGAGCGGCAUCAGCGAAGACUGCCUCUUCGUGAAUGUCAUCACGCCGGCAGCUGCUGUCGGCGAGGGAUGCGAGCUCAAGGACCUGCCGGUGCUCGUGUGGAUCUAUGGCGGAGGAUACUAUGGCGGCUCGGCCAUUCUCUACACCAGCCCGUCGCUCUCGUCCCGUGCCCUCGAGAAGGGCAAGCCCAUCGUGCUCGUAACCUUUGGUUACCGCGUAGGCAUCUUCGGCUUUGGACACGGGCGGGAGAUGCGGGCCAACGACGCGCUCAACCUCGGCAUGCGUGAUCAGCUUUUAGCUCUGCAAUGGGUGAAAGACAACAUCGCGGGCUUUGGCGGCGACCCAUCCAAGGUCACGAUCUUUGGCGAGUCCGCCGGCGCCAUGUCCGUCAGCACGCUCAUGCUGAAUGAGACCCAGGAUCUGUUCCGCGCCGCGAUCAUGCAGUCCGGCACGGUCACGUCGCUGGGCGGGUUCGGCAAUGAGACCAUUUACCAAGAGCCGUACGACCGGCUGGUUGAGUUCGCUGGGUGCAACGGCACCGAGAGCUCGUUUGCGUGCCUCAAGGCUCUGUCCGGAGAAGACUUGCUCGCCGCGCAAGUCGAGAUGACCGGCUCCGAGUUUGAGUACUCGUGGGGAUACCCUUUCGGGCCGGCGAUCGACGGCGACCUUAUCCCCACCUCGCCGUACCACAUGAUCAAGAACGGCUCGUUCUCCAGGGUGCCCUUCAUCACCGGGUGCAAUAGCGACGAGGGCACAACGUUCAUCUAUGCCAGCCUGAGCCAGAACCUCACCGAGUGGCCGCUCUCGACCGCCAUCGAGGUCAUGUACCCGUAUCCCCUCCCGCAGGAGUUCUACGACCGCAUUGAGGAGUUCUACCCGCUUGGUGGGCGUGUGCAGGCUGACGCUAGCCCUUUCAGUUCCGGGACCAACUUGUUCAACAACUCUGUCUCGCCUGCGUGGAAGCAGGUCACGGCGGUAUAUACCGAUCUGCUGAUGCAGUCGCGCCGCCGCUGGCUGCCGCGCACGACCAAUGAGCACAGCUUCGACAAGACCUGGUCGUACGAGUUCAAGGGGUACAGCCCGCCCGACCCGCCGUUCUGGGGAAGCUCGCACGAGGCUGAGAAGCCUUACGUCUUCGGCCGCGCGGUCGCCGAGCUCGGCUACAGUCCCGACCAAGUUGCGCUCGGCGAAGCAAUGAUGGAUUAUUGGAUCAACUUUGUGUACUUCAUGGACCCUAAUGGCGACGAGGGGUCUGAGCUGGCGCAUUGGCCGAAGCACGACUUCCCGGCAAACAAGAACUCACUUGAGAUGAGUAUCGGCAGCCUCGAGGUCAUUCAGGACGAUUUCCGCGAGGAAAGCAUCGCCUUCAUCAACGAGCCGCAGAAUGCGUUCUUCAUCCGCAAGCGCGGCCAGUGA